AUGGACUGCUCUCUGGAUUGGAUGGGCUGUAAAUGUCAUCCUAGGGGUCACCGUGAUAGCCCUGUGUAAGUACAGAGGACUUUUAGUUAGUUAGUUAGUUAGUUAGUUAGUUAGUUAGUUAGUUAUUUCCAUUUAUAUAUAUAUUUAUUUUUUUUAAUAAUAUUUAUUAAUUUUCAACCAUUUAAACACAACAAAAUAGACAAAAAAAGCAUAACAAAAUAAGACACAAACCAUUUAACACACAAAACAAUUUCAAUAUCUUAUCUUUCAUUCCCUUAUUUCCACGACCUCCUCACACCUCCCUUUUUGUAUUCCACUUCUAUUAAUUGUUUCAGAAAUUCCUUUCCAUCUUCCUCUGUUUUUAUCCUAUAAUUAUCUUAACAUAUUUUGACCUUAUUUUUCCCUUUAAUACUCUAUUAAUCUAUUUAUACUUAAUUCCUUAUAGCAUUUCUACUAGAGCCAUAUAACUUCAUUCCAACAUUUUUCUUACAUUCAUUAUUUUUACAAUAUUUCUAUAAAUAGUCCUAAACUUUUUCCAGUCUUCUUCCACUGACUCUUCUCCCUGGUCUCGGAUUUCUGCCAGUCGUUUCCGCCAAUUCCCUAUAGUCCAUCAACUUCAUCUGCCAUUCUUCCCGAAUAGAUAAAUCUUGUGUCUUCCAGUACUUCACAAUGAAUAUUCUUGCUGCUAUUGUUGCAUACGUGGAAAAAAUCUAUCCUUCUUUAACAUCAAUUGGCCGACCAUGCCCAGGAGAAAGGAAAGGCCUCUGGCUUCUUCAAGAGGGUAUAUUUAAAUGCCUUUUUCAUUUCGUUAUAAAUCAUCUCCCAAAGUGUCUUAAUCCUUGGGCAUGUCCACCAAAAGUGAACUCUAAUCCUCAAAUUCGUCUGUUUUUCUUUAAGUUCAGUCAUAGCAAGCGUCAACCCAUGUUCAUCAAGUUGCCUCCGUAGGGCUAGGGCUCUCUUUCUCUUUCUCUCCAGUUGUGUCACUUUACAUUCAGCAACAACAGCCUCCUCCCUGGCUUCCUCCACAGUUUGCCGUAUCAAAGUAGGUUCCUGUAUCAAUUUCUGGGUAGUUUCUGUAUUGGUAUUAUUUAUACUUUCUGUAUUUAGGUUGAUUUUAGUAAUUGAAACAUCCAUUUUCACAUUUAUGAUGUCCAUUUUCCUGUUAAGCUGAUCCAAUGAGUCAUUUAUCUUAUAAAAUGCAGCCACUAAAGCCUUUUCUGUCGACAUUCUUCUUGGUUUUAAAUAUGCUGGUACAAAGGCAGCAACAGAAGGAGCAGGGGGGGCCUGAUGAUAAACCUCUUCUGGAUUGUUGCCAAAUCCUCCCAGACCUGAAUGUUUUGUCAGCAGUUGACUGGUCUGUUUUUCCUCUUCCAUUUACCAUAACACUUAAAAGAUUCAAGGUCAGUCCCAGAGUCUCACGGUUUUUAACUUGCAGCUGGAAAUUCCCCUAUCCCAGCUCUUGUCAAACAACCGGUUUCAAAGGCUUCCACUAGGGGAAACAGUUUCUAUUUGUAAUAGUCAAUAGUAUCCUCUUUUCAACAAUCCAAAAUUAGUUUCAAAUUGGUUUCAAUUUUCAGUUACUUUUACUCCUUUUUAAAGCAGCCGGAGACAGUAGAAACAAUGUAUUUCUCUUGUUUAACUAGCUGUCAAUGAACAUUCUAAACACUGUCAAUGAACAUUCCAAAAGACGUCAGUCCUACUAGCAGCCCGUUUCCAGGGUCAGAGCAGCGGUGUUUUAAAUCUCUUCACUCUCUCCCACAGGUAUAAUCAAUCCGCAACUUCCCCCUCUCUUCUCCUGCCUCCAAGAGGGGGUUUAAUGUUCUUUAUUGAUGGAAAUUUAAUCUUUUACAAAAGACUUUCCAGGACUCCAGCUUGCAACUUCAUUGCCUCAGUCUAUUUACAAAAGGGGAAGGCGGACUUCCUGUUUUGAACCUCCCCGUUGCGAUACCAAAUUAAACAUUUAGAAAUCCAAUUCUUCCAUUUCAGAUCUACUCACGGGUAAUUCCUUUAAAGUCAAUUGUCCACAGGAAAAGGUCAGCGCUCUCCGGCAACAGCUAUGCGGCUUCGCUCCGUGGAAGAAGCAGACGAUUCGAUGCACCACGCCACUCACCCCACGUCGCUCCGGAGCCCCAAAAACCGGGGUUCCCCGCGAGUGGGGGAGGCGCAAAGGUGCCCGCCGAAUCCCACGCUCACAGGCUUCUCCCGCCUGUGAUUUUAACGGGUCUCCGCCUUCGCCGUGGCGGCCAGACCCAGAUUCCCACGGAGCAGAUUCCUCCCGGUCAGAGAAAUUCCGCCAUUACCGGAGGCACCUCCCCGGACGUCCCAUAGUUAUUUCCAUUUAUAGGUUGUUUCUUGUGAAGUGACUUAACAAUAGAACCACCAACCAUUUUUUUUUAAAUGAUAUUUAUUAAAGUUUCAGAUAAAAAGAGACACAUCAAUAAAAAGAAUUUAAAAGUAAAAAGAAAAAUACACAAUACAAAAUACAAAAAGAAAAAAAAAAAAACCAGUUAAAAACAAUUCCAUCUUUUCAUCACUACUUUUGAAUUUACUUAUUUUCUGGACGUCCUCAUACCUCCCUCUUUGUUAUUCCAAUUCCGUUUGUUUGUCCAGCAAUUCCUUUCCCUCUUUUUUUAAUCCCAAUCCUUAAUCUUAAUAUAAUAUAAUAUAACAUUAAAUUUUUAUCUAUUAAUAGCUAAUUUUCCAUUCUUUUAACCUUUUUAUUCCUAAUCCUUAAUCUUAAUCUGUAUAUAACUUUAAAGCCUGUGCAGCUAGAAACCACUUAAUUUCAAUCCAACAUCAUUCUAGCAUUCUUUAAUUUUGCAGUAUUUCUGUAAAUAAUCUUUGAAUUUCUUCCAAUCUUCUUCCACCGACUCUUCUCCCUGGUCACGGAUUCUGCCAGUCAUCUCCGCCAAUUCCAUAUAGUCCAUCAGUUUCAUCUGCCAUUCCUCCAGUGUGGGUAGCUCUUGUGUCUUCCAAUACUUUGCAAUGAGUAUUCUUGCUGCUGUUGUUGCGUACAUAAAGAAAGUUCUAUCCUUUUUUAACACCGAUUGGUCGACUAUGCCCAGGAGAAAGGCCUCUGGUUUCUUCAAGAAGGUAUAUUUAAAUACCUUUUUAAUUCAUUAUAUAUCAUUUCCCAGAAAGCCUUAAUCCUUGGGCACGUCCACCAAAGGUGAAAGAAUGUACCUUCAGUUUCUUUACAUUUCCAACAUUUAUUAUCGGGCAAAUGAUAGAUUUUUGCAAGCUUGACUGGGGUUAUGUACCACCUGUAUAUCAUUUUCAUAAUAUUCUCUCUUAGGGCAUUACAUGCCGUAAAUUUCAUACCUGUGGUCCAUAACUGUUCCCAGUCAGCGAACAUAAUGUUGUGUCCAACGUCUUGUGCCCAUUUAAUCAUAGCAGAUUUCACCGUUUCACCAACCAUUUAAAACAGCAACAGCUAUGGCAGAGAUUUCAAAUAUGAAACAAUUAAAGACAAAUAUAAAACCCAUUUCAAAUCCAACACAGAUACAGGCUGCAAUGAAAAUCUAUGCUCAAAGGGGUUGAUGAAAUAGGAAGGCCUUCAUUAAUAGUCAAAACAUAAUUUGGCAGCAAUCUGUAGGAGCAAAGGUGGCCUGUUCCAUUUUGCCUCAGAGGUGAAACAGGGAAUGUGCCACGCCCUGCCAAAACCAUUGCAUUCUACUCAAAAAAUUGUACAAAAAGGAACAGGUCAGGGUAUUUUUGUACUUUAGAAUGUUUUUUCAAUAAAGCCAACAGAGUAUUUCGUAUAAACAGAUUUUAUCUUACUGUAUUGAGCUGUGACAUAAAAACAGGUUAUAUGUUCAGAAGUUCCAUGUGUCAAGAAUUCAUAAUGCAGGGGUACCUUGGUUUUCGAACACCUCCGUAGUCGAACGAUUUGGAACUCGAACGUCGAAUCCCCGGAAGCAAUUGCCUCAGUUUUCGAAUGUGCCUCGGAAGUUGAACAGGAAAUGCAGCUUCUGUUUUGAGUUUUCUGUGUUGAGGCUUCCGUUUUCAGUUUUUGGUUUUCAAACGUUUCGGAACUUGAACGGACUUCCGGAAUGCAUUGUGUUUGAAAACCGAGGUAGCUGUAACUGGUUCACAUUGCAAUAAACUAACAAGGGAAAACAACAACAACAACAACAUUUUUUGGCUUUGUUUCCUGUUUACUGCUUGUGAACAAAUAAAGGUGUCACAGUGUAGUAGCUGUACCAGCUUAGCCCCACGACUGUGGGUGUCUGGGGCCGUGGGUGCCAUGCAGCGUGCACCAAAAUUUGUGGGUGCCCGGCCCCUUCAUGGGUAAUUUUGUGGGUGCUUGGGCACCCAGGACCUUAGGGAGUUGGCACCUAUGCAGUGUAGUGAGUUGACAGAAAGUGUGACUGCAGUUGUUCUUGAGUGGCUCAGUGUCUGGCCAUUUAAGUUAUUGUCAAAAAUUGGUUUGUCUGGUUUUCACAGCCUAAAGAUUUGUCUUGAACAAUUGAUCAUACAUGAGUUCUAAAUAUUAGAAAGUUGCAGGCAGUCUUUCCGAACAUGAGCUGUUAUCUUAAAGGACAUACUGUGAUAUUCUCUUUUAAUUAAAAAACAACAAACACGCUUUAUUUCAACGAUGAAGGGAAAAUCCAUGGGGAACACUGGAUUCAAGAAAGGAAGAGGAAAACAAUUAGGUACCAUAACAAAAAACACUAAACAGUCUGUGAAUUUCUUCGCAGUUUGUUGAUCACUUAAAAUUAACCUCCUUAUAUGAAGGUUUUCAGACAUGGAACCUCAUGGGUGAACUGGAGAAAUCCUGUGUCCCUCAGGGUGAAAUGGAAAAUAAUCUAUGCCUAGAGAAUGUGACUUCGCUGCAGCAAUUUUUCUGUAAGCCGCUUGAAAACAGCUCAGCAGGUAACUGGAGUGUUGUUUCUCAAUAAGGCUCAAGGAACACAUAUCAAAAAAAUGGGGGCUGCUGCCUUUUGGGACUGGGGGCGGGGUAGAAGGCGGGAAGACCACAGAGAGAGGGAGCCACAGUCAAAGAGAGGCUGAGCCAACUAAUUGUCGCUUUGUCCCUAUCCUCUUCCCAAACAAAUACAGUGGUACCUUGGGUUACAUACACUUCAGGUUACAUACACUUCAGGUUACAGACUCAGCUAACCCAGAAAUAGUACCUCGGGUUAAGAACUUUACCUCAGGAUGAGAACAGAAAUUGCGACAGUGGGAGGCCCCAUUAGCUAAAGUGGUGCUUCAGGUUAAGAACAGUUUCAAGUUAAGAACGGACCUUCAGAACAAAUUAAGUACUUAACCAGAGGUACCACUGUAUACCCACAAUGUAACUGGCUGUGUUUAACUAUAUAAAUUCUUUAUACAUCAUAUAAGCAUAACUCUUUUCACAUUAUCUAAUUGAGUAGAAGCAAGUAAGCAGCAACAUUUAGGACAGGAAAUACAAAUAGACUAGUUCUUAUAUACGUAAUGACCAAAUAGAAGUUCUUGUGUUCCAUGUACGUCUUAGCGAAUACAAGGACUUUAUACUGCGUAAUACCCAAUAUCCACUGCUUUGGAUUGGAUUACAAGCCACACCUCCUGACUGGAAAUGGACCUGGGUGGACGGCUCCCCAUUAGAUGACAAACUGUGAGUAUCUCAUCUUACUCUGCAGAGAGGGGGGAGGAGGACCAGAUCUUCAUCUCCCCAAAUCCUCUGCUCAGUCUUAUGCCAUGCUAAUCACAUCAGGUCAUUGACACCUGUCAAAAUACACCGUUUUAGUGUACCCUAAAGUCCCAAGGUGAGUUACAUUAAAACACAGUUGAAAACAACUUACGACCACAGAAAUAAGGUGGGUCCUAAAAAUAUACCCUUCGAAUGUCAGAAACCAAGGUAGAGGUGACUCUUCUGCAUCCACCAGAAGCUGUAUAUAUAAUGAAAGAUGCCAAAGGCACCUCUGAACUACCUGGUGCUCACUUGUGAAGCUCACUAGGUAAUCUUGCACCAGUCUCUCUCAGCAAAUUCUGUGUUUGGUCUGUGGCCUUUUAGAAGUGGGCAGGAUGGGUUUUUAAAAAUGUAUUUCUUUUUCCUCUUGGUUUUAAUGUAUCCUAGUGAGGGGUUUUGUUUGUUUGUAAGUUGCUUUUAGUUGCCCUAGGCAAAAUAAAGUGACUCACAAAUUUAAUAUAUAGUAAAUAAAUGCCUCACAAGGUUAUUGUGGAAAUAAGUUGUCAGGGAACUGCCAUCGGCAGGAAGGGAGGUGAAAGGGCUCACACAGGUUGGGAGAGACUCAGCAGCUGAAGAGGGAACCAGUAGGGGGAGAGGAGCUGAGCUGAGGGAAAGUGAGCUGGAGGGAUGGCUCAGAGACACUUCCAGCGAAAACAGUGGGGAGGUUUCAGGACCUCCUGUAGGGACACCCACUCCUCGCCGGAAACUGUCACGCAGAGAGUCCAGAAGACGUGUUUCCGUUAAGGAGCUUUUAUGUUGGAAGAAAUUCGAAAGCAACCACUGUCGGAAUCUGCCAGUGACUAGAGGAGCCAUGUCUGAGGGGCUCGUCACAGACAGAGGUUUGUGGACUUGAACAAACUCUGAAGGGAUACGGUUUUACGCACAAGCAGCUCAUCAUCCCAUCACAGCAUUCCGACAGUCUUUGAAAGCAGCUUGUGCAGGAGAAGGCAUCAUGAGCAACCCAGCCGGAACCGGAGAAGCAGGAGCUGGAGCGGGUCCAAGCCUGGAAGAAAGGUACCGGGUGUUGGAGGUCCAGCUAGCGCUGCAGACGGCGAGGCUUGAGGAGAGGAGGGCUCAGGAUGCAGACAACAAGGGAAAGCCACCCAGCUCGACAGAAAGGUACCAGGAUUGGUGCAGAAGUUUGGGGGGGAGCCCAAAGACUAUCAUGGCUUUCGGACAGAGAUGCAAUAUGCUCUCAAUCUGCAGUUUGAUGAAUUCCCUGACGAGGAAUCACGAGUGGCUUUCGUGAUUGGGCAUCUUGAAAAGGGGGCGAGAGACUGGGUUAGACCCCUGAUGGCAGCGAAUAGUGACCUCCUAAAGGACACGAUGAAGUUCUUUCGCGCCAUGGAUCUGAUGUUUUCCAGCGAUAUUGAACAGGGAGUGGUGCGCAGACAGUUAAUGGCUUGCAAACAGGGGAGCCGAUCUGUCCGUGAGUACUGGACUGAGUUCACCAUGCUGGUUCACAGAUUGGGGUGGGACUUAUCGGCGGAACCCAUUCAAAUGCUCUUUGAAGAAGGGCUUUCUUCGGCUGUGAAAGACGAACUUUCCCGGGCGCCCAGGGCGGAGUCUAUGGACCAGCUGACCAAAUCAGCGCUGACCAUAGGAGCGCGCCAGGAGGCGAGAGCAUUGGAGAGGCGGGAAGGGAAGGGGGAACGUUGGAAGGAGUUACGCAUUCCAGACAUUCCAGAGCCAACUUUCCCGCCGGCAGAGCCGAUGGAAAUCGGAACAGCGCGCGCGCGCUGUUUCAAAAACCCGUGAGGGGGGUAAGAGGAGCGAAAAGGCGCCCGGAAAUGCUAUCUCUGCCAACAGCCAGGUCACUUUGCCAGAGUCUGCCCCCAGAGGAAGGAAUGGCAAGGGAUGGUAGGAGCUGUGGAGGGAAGAGAGGAAGAAAUACCGGAGCAAGUAAAAGCCAACGCCUGGCUGCCACCGUCGGGCACAGCAGCCAGGCCAAAGAGCAGUGAGAGUGCCCACGCCAGAACCUCCUAAACCCGCCCUAGUGAUAGAAGUGGCGCUAGAGCUGCCAAACGGACACCCUCUAAAGAUAAAGGCGCUGUUGGACUCAGGCAGCUCCUGCAAUUUCAUGAGCAAAGAGUUUGCAGCUGAACACCAGAUACAGACGAUCCCUUUAAGCAACCCCCUGCAGGUGACCACGAUCGAUGGCAGGGAGCUGUUGGGAGGAGAAGUCAGCUUGCAGACCGUCCCAAUGAUAAUGAAGGUGGCAAGGCACACCGAACUGAUAGCGUUUAAUGUGGCCACCUUGGGAGGAGCUCCCAUUAUAUUGGGGAUGAGCUGGCUAGCGUUACAUGAUCCGCUGGUGGGCUGGCAUCAGAGAGUGGUUUCUUUUGGUUCAGCACAUUGCUUAGAACAUUGCAAAGAGGGAAAGGGUUUGGCAGGGGCCCAAGCCACCCUAGCAGGGACUGAAGUAACGGAGAACGUGAAGGUACCACGACAAUACGCAGAUCUCCGCGAUGUCUUCAGCGAAAGGGAAGCUGACCAACUACCCCCGCAUAGACCCUUUGACUGUCAAAUCAAUUUACUCCCUGGGGCACAGCUCCCUGUAGGCAAGCUGUACGCCAUGUCAGACAGAGAGAUGCAGGAGCUAAGAGAGUUCAUUGACAAGAACCUGAAGAGAGGGUUCAUCAGAGAGUCCAGGGCGGUGGGGGCAGCCCAGUGUUUUUGUGGAUAAAAACACGAACAAGCCGAGGCUGGUGUGUGACUUCAGGGCCUUAAAUGCAGUGUCAGAACCAGUGGCCUUCCCUAUGCCCAGGAUUGACGACAUUUUGACAAGGGUGCGGAAGGGAAAGAUUUUCACAAAGCUGGACCUAAGGGGGGCGUACAACCUGAUACGAAUAAGGAAGGGGGAUGAAUGGAAAACCACCAUGUUCACCCCUUUAGGGGCAUUUGAAUAUUUAGUUAUGCCCUUCGGAUUACAAGCAGGCUCCGCAUGCUUUCAAUCGUUAUGAACCACGUCCUGGGGCCUUUGCUUUACAAGAAUUGUGUGGCCUUCUUAGACGACGUGUUGGUGUAUUCUGAGAAUGAGGAGCAGCAUGUGAGAGACGUCAGGGAAGUGUUGAGCAGGCUGCAAGCCAACCAGCUGUGGGUGAAACUGGAGAAGUGUCAGUUUCAUACCAAGGAGGUGGAAUUCCUGGGGUAUCGCCUGUCGGACAAGGGAUUGACCAUGGAUCCCGGCAAGGUCCAGGCGGUGCUGGAAUGGAAAACACCCAAAACAAGGAAGGAUGUGCAGAGGUUCCUAGGAUUUGGGAACUUCUAUCGUAAGUUCAUCCGAAACUUUGCCCACCUGACGGCGCCCAUUACGGACUGUCUCAGCAGUAAGAAGAAGUUCGGUUGGACUGAGGAGGCGGAGCGAGCAUUUGAGGAACUCAAAAGGGCCUUCGCCUCGGAACAACAACUCCUGCAUGUGGAUUUACAAAAACCGAUGAGAGUGGAAACUGACGCAUCAGACAGAGCGAUUGGGGCGGUGCUUCUGCAGCCAGGGAAGGAGGAGUCAGAGUGGAGACCGUGUGCCUUUUUUCGCGAAAGCUGAACAAAUCCGAGAGGAACUACACGGUGUAUGACCGAGAACUACUAGCCAUUCAUGAGGCGUUCCGGAGAUGGAGGCACCUGCUAAUUGGCGCACAACAUAAGGUGCAAGUGUGCACUGACCACAAGAACCUAGAGUAUUGGAGGACGGCACGAGUGCUCAACCAACGGCAAGUGAGAUGGGCCCAGGAGUUCUCCAAAUUUAACUUUGAGAUUUGUUACGUGCCAGGCCCAGAGAACAUUAGGGCGGACGCUCUCUCACGCAAACCUGAAUAUUUGGAGGGGGAGGGAGCACCCGAAGAGAGACAUGUCAUUCCAGAGGACCGCUGGGUGUGUGGGGCGGCAUUGGUGGGACAAAGAGAACUGGUAGAGGAAACAGAGAAUGAUGAAUACGCCCAGAAUAAGCUCAGAGGUCUUAGGGGUGAGGGAGAGGAACCAGGGGGUUUCGAGGAAAGAAAUGGAGCUUUGUAUUACAAAGGGGCACUGUAUAUCCCUGAAGGAGACUUAAGGGGGAGGGUACUCAAGCAGUUGCACGACAGCCCCACGGCGGGGCAUUUUGGACAACACAAAACCAUGUGGUUGGUCACCAGGGAAUUUUGGUGGCCUAAGGUGAGGGAAGAUGUACGUGAGUAUGUAAGAGGGUGCGAGCAAUGCCAGCGAGCCAAAGGGGAAAGGCGGGCGCCGGCGGGGCUAUUAGAACCCUUACCAACCCCAGAACGACCUUGGGAGGCAGUGUCGAUAGAUUUUAUGACUGAUCUGCCGAAGUCCAAAGGGAAAACAGCCAUCAUGGUGGUGGUAGACCUACUAACAAAGAUGUGCCACUUUGUAGCUUGCUCGCAUGCAGUCACGGCGGAAGAGACAGCGAAGUUAUUUGUAGAACACAUUUUUAGGUUGCACGGGGUGCCAUUGAGGGUGGUCUCAGACCGAGGAAAACAAUUUACUUCCAGGUUCUGGAGGAAGCUCAUGAGCUUAUUGCAGGUGGAGGUCAACUUUUCGACUGCCCGGCACCCUGAGACCAACGGGCAGGCGGAAAGAGCAAACGGUGUCCUCCAGCAAUACCUGAGGUGUUAUGUCAAUGACAGAGAGAAUGACUGGGUAGAAAAGUUGGCGCUGGCGGAAUUUGCCUACAACAAUGCCGAGAAUGUGUCCACAGGGAUGAGCCCCUUCUUGGCCAAUUAUGGGUGUCAUCCCAGGGCUUUCCCAGGGGGAGAAGGGGAGAGAUGGAGCGUCCCGGCAGCCGAGCAUUUUGUAGAAGAAAUGGAAGCAAUCCAUCGUCAGCUCCAACUCAACUUAGAAAGGGCGAAGGAAGAAUACAAGAGGCAGGCAGACAAGAACCGAAGGGAAGGUGAAACCAUAAGGGUGGGAGAUAGGGUGUGGCUGUCAACCCAAGGGUUGCCGUUCAAAGGAGGUUGUAAGAAAUUAAGACCCAGGAGGUUGGGUCCCUUUGAGGUCAUUCAACAGGUCAACCCAGUGGCUUUCAGGCUCCGGUUACCCAACCACAUGAAACUGCACCCAGUAUUUCACAGGUCGUUACUGUCACCGUACCAGGGGGGACGAGAAGGGAUGGCCACUCGGGGACCGGUCAUAGAAGAAAGAGAAUGCAGCAGCCAUGUGGCAGAAAUCCUCGACGCCAGGUGGAAGGGGGAUCAGGUGGAGUAUUUGGUAGCGUGGGAAGGAGAACCGGAGUCAGAAAACACUUGGGUAAUGGCCGAAGAUAUCAAUGACGAGGUAUUGAUAGAAACGUUCCAUCAAAGGUUCCCAAGGAAACCUCAGCCUGUGGAGAGGUUCCGGAGGGAAUACUUUGGGACCACUGAUGAGGAGGAGGAGUUGGAAGGAUUCCCGGACUCGGAAGGGGAAGGGGAGAUGGACUCUGAGGAGGAGGAGUACUUCGAGACCAGGAACCGCAACAGGUGGAGAGAAGUGUUCGAGACAUCGGAAGAUGAAGGAAGUUCAUUCCGGGGUUUUGCCUCCUCACCGCCCGUAGAGGAGGGGGCGAGAGGGGGGGAAGGGGGCCCUGGAGGGGAGGUGGAUGUCAGGGAACUGCCAUCGGCAGGAAGGGAGGUGAAAGGGCUCACACAGGUGGGGAGAGACUCAGCAGCUGAAGAGGGAACCAGGAGGGGGAGAGGAGCUGAGCUGAGGGAAAGUGAGCUGGAGGGAUGGCUCAGAGACACUUCCAGCGAAAACAGUGGGGAGGUUUCAGGACCUCCUGUAGGGACACCCACUCCUCGCCGGAAACUGUCACGCAGAGAGUCCAGAAGACGUGUUUCCGUUAAGGAGCUUUUAUGUUGGAAGAAAUUCCAAAGCAACCACUGUCGGAAUCUGCCAGUGACUAGAGGAGCCAUGUCUGAGGGGCUCCGUCACAGACAGAGGUUUGUGGACUUGAACAAACUCUGAAGGGAUACGGUUUUACGCACAAGCAGCUCAUCAUCCCAUCACAUAAGUGAAACAGUUUUGCACUGCCUUGAAUUUCUUUGCAAAAGGGCAGAAACAAGGGGGCAUACGUCCACACCCUUCAAAGAGAAAUGCGUGCAAGUUCUCCUCCUGUGGUUCACUGGGAGCAUGAGGGGAAACCUUAGUUAAACCACAGGAAGUUCUUGCAGCCCAGGGAAACUCACUGGCAAAACAUUUGAGAACCACAAGUCUUGAUUCCACGUGAUAGGAUCGCACCUAAUGGGCAAGCCUGGGCAACGCAAUUGUGCAGUGAGUAAUAACAACAAACAAACAACAACUAUUAUUAUUAUUAUUAUUAUUAUUAUUAUUAUUAUUAUUAUUAAAACUUCACCCAUAUGGCUUGGUUUCCCCAGCCACUCUUGGUGGCUCCCAGAAGAAUAUUAAAAACACAAUAAAACAUCAAACAUUAAAAACUUCCCUAAACAGGGCUGCCUUCAGAUGUCUUCUAAACGUCAGUUUGUUGUUUAUUUCUUUGGCAUCUGGUGGGAGGGCGUUCCACAGGGCGGGCGCCACUACUGAGAAGGCCCUCUGCCUGGUUCCCUGUAACCUCUCUUUUCACAGUGAGGGAACCGCCAGAAGGCCCUCAGAGCGAGUCCUGUCCCUCUCUCGCAAAGAAUAGCCAAGCAGGUGGAUAUGUUCAGCCUUUGACAAAUGCUGUUGGCUUUCUCCUUCCUUUUGCAGGUUGAAAGACCUAGCUCCGGCUCAAGAAAACUCCUGUGGGAGACUUAACGGGAACAAAACUAUUUCUGAGACAUGUACUACUGUAGCCAGAUGGGUCUGCGAAAAGAAAGCUCUGCAAAUAACUACAAGGACCAGAGGCCAUUGAGUACCCCUGCUUCUCGCCCUCUCUGCCUGACCAAUUUCUCUUCAUCCAAUCGGCUGAGUGGUAUUGAUGUCACCUGGCCAAAAUAUGAUGAGCUCCUCUGAUGACAGGGGUGGUUUGGGGAGGUUGGGCAGCCUUGGCCUUCGGCUAAAGCUCUGAGUUCUGUGGGGGAUUUGGGAGCCUUCAAAAGUUGAAUUCUUAAAGUAUUGUUGAUAAUAAAAGAACAAGCAUUUUUUAUUAUGUCUACUCACAAUGGGUUCUGGAUUUCUAGGUUUAUAGACAAUAUAAAACAAGUGGCUGAAGCACGCUUCAAAGGAGGACUAAGAGCCAAAAUACUGUGAAGCAAUAUUUAUUAUAAAGUUUUGUUUCGAAGGAGCUGACUUAGUAAAAAAAGAAAUACUAGUGUUAUGUCUUUUGUGUGUGAUGUUCAACACUGGGAAACAAAAUUUUUGUUGCAUUGACACCUGCAGUUGUUCUAACCUAAUUUCAACAUGCUGAUUUCAUAUAUGAAGUUGGUUUUGUUCUGUAAGCUCUAGGUUUUUUUUGCAAUUCAUGUUUUUCACUUUUCACCAUAAUCUGUUUUUCACAAUGCAAGAAUUCAAUAUUUUAUUAAACACAUAACCAAAGAAGUACAAUAUAAGUAUAAAUGUAAGUGACUUAUAUAGCAUUGAACAUGACAUGUAUAGCAUUGAAAAUGACACGUAUAUCUAUGUACAAUUGGAGGUAUGCAAAAGAAUGUAUUCACUUGGGAUACACAGUAAACUGGGGAACAAUUUUUUUCCCCAUUUUCUUUUGCAUGAGAUUUUUCAACUGUUCUUAGAUGUUCUCUCAAUGCUGAUUUCAAAUCUGAAAUCGAUUUUUGUGUACGUGCUAUAGUUAUCUUUCAAUUUCCGACUUUUGUCUGUGUGUCAUAUUUACACUGGGGAUAAGUGGACACUGACACAUUGAUCUACCCUAACCACAUGGUAAUUAUUGUUUUGCAAACUUAAUUUUUCUUUAUUUUUAUAGUUUUGUAACCCAAAUAUUUUUCAGAUCGGACCAUGGCUUCUUCAAGUAGACAAAAAUGUGUAAACAAGCCUGAUGCUUUUUGUUAUGCUAUUUUUGUCUGGUCAAUAUGAAGGGUAUCGGCAAGAAAAACUGACAUUCUGUCGCCUAUCCCAGUAUUCCUUCAGCAAUUAGGCCUAUCCCGCACUCUGAGGAACUCCCAAUUCCAGUUUUUAAGGGGUUUGUCUCUUCUGAAGAUGAAGGAAGUGAACAUGGUGAGGAGCACAACUGGACCAUCUGUGUGGAUCUCAAAAUGGUCAACUUCUUGCUUGGACAACAGAAAGGCUUUACCAAGUACAGUGGUACCUCGGGUUAAGUACUUAAUUCGUUCCGGAGGUCCGUUCUUAACCUGAAACUGUUCUUAACCUGAAGCACCACUUUAGCUAACGGGGCCUCCUGCUGCUGCUGUGCCGCCGGAGCACGAUUUCUGUUCUCAUCCUGAAGCAAAGUUCUUAACCUGAGCUAAUAUUUCUGGGUUAGUGGAGUCUGUAACCUGAAGUGUAUGUAAGCUGAGGUACCACUGUACCUGAAUAGCAACCGCUUGUAGAUACCACUGGGAAACCAAAAUAGCAGUCCCUUGUGUGAUCCUUGGGUUCUCGCCAAACAAUAUGUGGAGCCAAUUUCUUGCCUUGGUCGCCCAGGGAAUUUCAAAAUAGCUUUUAUAGGCACGCCUCACAAACAGUGUUAUAUUUCAUCUUUGACAAAGAAGUGUGUAGCAAUACAUACACAACAAAAGGCAUCAGGUUUGUUUACACAUUUUUGUCUGCUUGAAGAAGCCAUGGUCCACUCUGAAAAAUACAAAUAUUUAGGUUGCAAAACUAUACAAAUAAAGAAAAAAUAAGUUUGCGAAACAAUAAUUAUCAUGUGGUUAGGGUAGAUCAACGGGUCAGUGUCCACAAGGCAGCAUACCGGGUUCUUCCCCACUCCAUUUCAUCCUCACUAGAACCCUGGGAGGUAGGUUAGUCUGAGAGACAGUGUCUGGUCCAAGGUCUCGUGGCGAAUUUCAUUGCUGAGCAGGGAUUUGAACCCUGGUCUCGCAGGUCCUAGUCCAACACUCUUACCACUACACCAAAGUGUCUCAGCGCUGUCACUUACUACAAACCUUCAGAAUUCAGCCUAAAACUUCUAUAUUACAUUUGUUAGCCCAGAAAUGGAAACAAGAAGAAAUUCCAACAAAAGAAGAAUGGCAGACGAAAUUAAUGGACUAUGCAGAAUUGGACAAAAUGACAGAAAGGAUUCGAAACCUGCGGGACCAGAGAUUUACAGAAGAUUGGAAGAAGUAUAUGAAUUAUUUGAAGAGCAACUGUGAUCAACAAAUUACGCUAGUAGGACUACAAGAAGCUUUGUAAGGAGAAAUAUACGCAGUGUUACAAAGUAGAAAAAGAUAGAGAUAUUG